AAAAAAUGACGCCUCAGAUAAUAAUAUCAACAUGCCAAUACGUGCAGGCGGUAGCCACCUGAUCUACCUAGACCAUAAUGCCACAACUCCUGUGGCAAAGGAAGUCGUGGAGGCGCUAGUCCCGUGCCUCGAGACGAACUUUGGCAACCCUUCGUCAUCGCACGAACUCGGUCGCCGGGCCAAGGCAGCGCUAGACGCUGCGCGUGCGCAAGUUGGGUCUCUCGUCGGCGCACCGGCCUCUUCGAUCCUUUUCCUGUCGGGAGGCACCGAGUCCAUCAAUUACGUGCUCAAGGGACUGGUGUCGUCCAAGCCACACCAACGGCACAUCGUCACGUCGGUCGUGGAGCACGUCGCGGUGCUGGCCACCUGUCGAUUUCUCGAGGAAGCGCAUGGGUUCGAGGUCACCUACGUCCCUGUGGACGCCGAAGGACUCGUGUCGGUCGCCGCCGUCGCCGCCGCCGUCCGCGCGUCCACGUGCCUCGUGACCAUCAUGCACGCCAACAACGAAGUCGGGUCCAUCCAGCCCCUUGCCGCCAUUUCCGCGGCUGUCCGCGCGCAGCACUCCGCUUUGUGUACCACAGGCGACAACGGCCACCUUCAGUACGAUCCCAUCUUGAUCCACUCAGACGCAAGCCAAUCCGUGGGGAAAUUUCCCGUGCUUGUCGAUGUCUUGGGCGUCGACUUCCUCACGAUCGCCGGCCACAAGGUGUACGCCCCAAAAGGCGUCGGCGCAUUGUACAUUCGACCAGGCACUCGCGCGUUGGUCAAGUUCAUGCAUGGCGCUGCCCACGAACAGAAUCUUCGCGCGGGAACUGAAAAUAUUCCGUUCGCCGUGGCGCUGGGAACGGCGUGUGAGUUGGCCCAACACAGUCUUGCCACCGGAUUAUCCCAGUCGUUGCUGUCACUUCGCCGGCAACUUUUGACCUCGUUGACGUCGUUGCUGGCAACUGUCCCUGUCAAGGUGAACGGUCCCGCCGACGUGACCAAGUUACUGCCAAACACCCUCAGCAUCAGCUUCCAAGGUGUGUCUGCCAACGAAUUGCUGCACAUGAUUGAAGACCGCGUGGCCGCGAGCGCCGGGUCGGCCUGCCAUAGCCACGCCACAACAGUGUCACAUGUCCUGGAAGCGAUGCAAGUGCCGGUGGAAUUCGCUCUCGGCACGUUGCGCCUUACUGUGGGAAAGGACACAACGCCCGAGGACGUCGAGUGCGCGGCGGUUGUGAUUGCGCAAGGCGUCCAGACGUUGAGGCAGCGUUAGGCAACUUGAAUAACAUAUUGGAUGGAGGACGUACUACAAAUCCGACCAGUAAUUAUAGCCGCACCUGAAAUUGUU